AUGGUUCUCAACACGGCGAUCGAAGAAGAUUCGACGAUGAUGGAAUCCAUGGAAGCAUCUUCUUCAAUGGAUGUUAAUUCGUAUCUGAAAAAGCGUAAGGCCGAGGCCGAUCCGAAGAAGGAAGAAGGAGAAGAGAGCGAUGGUGAGGUUGAAGAAUGCAGAGAUUACGAGCCUGAGCCUAAAAUAGACUGGUUAAAGCCACCGGAUUGGGAUGUGGAAAGUUUCGAUGGUGUAGAGUAUUAUUCUUCUGAUGUCGUACUUUCUUCUGAUGACGACGAGUUGGUUAUAGAACACAAUCGCGUCUGUAAACGCCAGAUCAUCGAGAGCAAGGGAUUUUACGUGGAUCCAGAGCUAAGGCCAGGGGUUAGAUUUGGAGCUGGAAGCUUACCCCGUCUGAAUCAUUUGUGGUUGAAGGAUCCGAAGGUGGAGUUUGUUCAAGUUGUGAGAGGUAAUAAGAGCGGAGCACCGAGAUCGAAGUCAUACAUUACAUUUAUGGCGAGGGAGAAGCCGGAUGGACCUCUUGUUGAGUAUCAAGCCAAGGGUUUGCUUACUUUUAACGGCAUUAGACAUCCCGUCCUCUGUAGACCGGCUCCACCAAAACCUUAA